GACUGAUUUUGGCACAUGCUAGUGUGUGAUUCCCGUUGGAGAUUUAUUGACAAAUUUUCACAAUGAGUGAAGGAAGAACUGCUAUUCAAAGAUGUGAAGAACUUAUUUCUCGAUGGAAAUCUGAACGAAAUUCACCAACAUUUGACCCAGUUCCUUUGUUAAAUAACUUUUCAGAAUUACUAGAAGAACAAAUCAACUUAUUUUUUAGUACUGAUCCAGAUCCUUUCGAUGAUCGUCAUCCACUGCGGACGGAUUCUAGUUGUGAUUUAGGUCAGAUAUUACGUCUUCUGUCAUCUCACGAUGCCUUUCUGGAACGUUUAACUUAUGUUUAUUUGUUGGGUUCUAAUGAUCCAUCAAACGAAUUGGUAAUUGCUGCAUCACGACUGCUCUGUGCAAUGAGAUUGGGUGUGACUUUGUCAUUUUCACUGGAUGAGGAGGAUGUAAUAAUUAAUACACUCUACAAGUUGGCAUUAAGUGAAACUGAGCCAACUAAUUGUUAUGCUUUGUUUCUUCUGGGUUCUGUUCUUGAUAAUACAGAAUUACUCUAUAUUACGCGACAAAAAAAUAUACAACUGAUUCCAAUUGUGUUAAAUCGCCUACUCAGUUACACAGGUCAAUUAAAAAAUGAAUUAUCUUCAACUACCCAAUCAACUUACGAAGGUGGUAUGACAAAUUUAUUAGGAAGUUUUGUUUUGAAUCCACUCAGGACGGAAAUGAAGAUUCGGCUUUCAAUUGCCUAUUUGAUCCCAUUGGCUGAAUAUCAGGAUCUUAUGCCAUUCAUGUAUAACGGGGGUAUUUUAGAUUUGAUCUACACUUAUCUUAUGCCAGAAGUUGCCUCUCGUGAUAUUCGUCUUACAUUUGAAGCGUUACGUUUAUUAGCUAAUCUUCUUUGUCAUCGAUGUGUUUAUUUGGAAUUUGUUGAACAAGAUGGUUUACAAUCUGUGCUUAAAGUGCCAAGGCCAUCAGUAGCUGCUACAGCUGUUAGUGUAGUUCUUUAUUAUACAGCCUACUUUGAAGAUGCUAUGGAACGUGUUUGUCAGUUAUCCAGUAGUCUACUUGACGAUUUAAUUAAAUAUUCUCUUUGGCUAGUUGAAUGUUCACAUCCUUCAGCUCGUUGUUAUUCAUUAUUCUUUUUACACUUGGUUUUAUGCUAUGGUAUAACAUUUCGACGAUUUGAACAACAGAAUGGUUUAGUAUAUUUAUAUAAUGCUAUAUGUGUCCUACCAUUGCGUUUGACAGAGGAUAAUCCGACUACUUUGAAAGAUACGACUUCGUGGCAUGUUGUUCGUGCAAGUUUAUGUGCUAUUCGUCGUUUCUUAGAAAUCAGUCUUUUGUUAUGGAUUGAUACGAUAGAUCCUAGUUUAGCUAGCUUAUUUGAUGAAUCUCCAAGAGCAGUAGCUGCUGUCGGAUGUCGUCCGAUAACAUAUACAUCUGAACAAUUCUCUCGGCUCAUGUCCUUAAUAAUUUCUCGUAUUCGUCCAGAUACUGUUUGGCAACCUACUCAACAGCUUAGAGACUGUGGUGCUAUUGAUGUAUUAUAUCGUAUUAUUGCACGCAAUGUAUAUGCUCAUAACAACUGGCCAUGUCGCAGUGAAUGCACCCGUUUGGCUGUUGAUAUAUUCAACCUAAUGUCUAUAACAUAUGAUUUAGCUGAUGAGAUUGUUUCUGCUGAUGUGUAUUCGUUCCCUACCAGUUUGAGCUCAGCAACAUUUCUCGGUCCAACACCAUUACUCUCAUCGUUAGCAGCUGGAGGCGACAGUCCGUCUUCAGAAUUUGGUUCAGCUGACGUAACUGUUCACUUACCUUCUCCACGUGGGAAUAAUCCUACACAUCGUAGGGGAUUAAUUAAUCAAUUACUCCAGAUAGUUGAGCAAGUGGGCAAUGAAGGAAUCGGAGGAAGCGGACGAGAAAUCAGUCGAGAAGAUAGGCGAAGACCUGUGUUAAGGAGAUCUGGCAAUCAAAGUAAUGGAGCAACAUCGAAUCCAGUUUUACCAGCAGAAAAUCCACAAAGAUCAAACGUCACACCAACCACCGUCUCGAAUUUUGCCAGUGAAUCUGCAUCAAGAUCUCAAGAACGAACAAGUGAUGGUGAAGAAAAUGGAGCAGAAGGUUCUUCGACAUUGGACGAACGUAUCAAUGGUCUUCACAUGCUAUUUAGUAUUUCACGUGAAGACGACAACUGGGAUGUAUCGGUUCAUAAAGCCGUUUUAGCAUUUAUAUGCACAUUAGUUUAUCGUCCAGUUGUAGAACAUGAACAUCCAGAUCAACCUAUUUCAGUAACCGGUUUAUUAUCGAAUUUCACUUCUGCACCGAAUUCAAAUAUGGGAAAUCAUGCACCUUCGUCACCACCGCCUCCUCGAAAUCCAACGAGUAUUACACCGAGUAGUAAUUCAUUUAAGGCUCCGCAGCGUACAAAUGGUUCACGCGGUUCAGUUAACCGAAAACGUCGUUAUGAUGAAACCGUAGCGCUAUCUUCACCAUCUUCCAUCUCAUCAAACUUGUGUUCUCGACUUAAUCAACCAUCCAUUCCAUCUCAACAAACAGGAACGCAUUUAGUUCAAUUUUCUGAAUCUUACAUGCCAUCUCCAUUCGGGCGUCAAAAAUCAACUCAACUUCUUUAUCGUCAAGCGAAAUUGUGGAAUAUUGUCCGACGGCAACAUGGUAUAAUGGUAUUACUUUAUCAUUUAGAAACCAAACAACCAAUAUCUGAAGCUGAUAGUGUUCGAACUUUAGCUUGUCGAGGUUUAGUCGGACUUGCACGAUCUGAAGAAGUUCGUAGUAUGUUGGCCAAACUUCCACUAUUUACUAAAGCUCUUUUACAAUUACUUAUGAAAGAACCUGUCCUACCUGAUCGAUUGACUGAACAUGCAGAAUUUUGUCGUUAUGCUACAAUGCUUAUACGUCUGGUUGUUGGAAAUUUAUCCGAUGGUGUUUUAUCGGGUGAUAUGUCAUUGGAACGUGUUCGUCGAGCAGAAAUAGUUGCAAAAACCCGAAUACAAUGGGAUCAAGAAGAAUUAUUAGAAUUAAUUUAUCGACAUUUACAAAGCAAAGGCUUGUAUGAAUCUGCUACAGUACUUCAACGUGAGGCUCGUUUAAAAAUUGUCCCUGCCGCACCUAUUCAAUUGCCGCUUUAUGAUGAUUUUAGCCGACCACCUGGUGAAACACCUCCAUAUCAACCGUCAUCUGGAGUUGUGCACGUUUCUGACUAUUUAAGCACAAGCGUUGAUUCGUAUAAUAGCUCUUCAAAACGAGAUUACGAUACCAAUGAAUCAACUUCGAUGGUUUCUAAUUGUGAGAAUAUUGGUUCAAAUAAUGAUAAUAAUACUACUACUACUACCAAUACUUGUGGUGAACUUCCUCCAACUCCAAAUCUGAGAUUAACUAAAAUUCGCCAUAAUGCAACUCCUAGUCAAACUCCGAAACCUUGUCGUGAUCGUUUUGAAAGACCUGGUCUACCAAAUCUCUACCUCAAACCAGUAUCUACUCAACCUGUCUCGGAAAUGACCUUAUCUAAAGUAGUAGAAUCAUUUCUGUUGCAUCAACAUUCACAAUGUCCUCAUCCUGUUUCUGUUUGCCCGAAAUUCUCUUUGUAUUAUCCACAUCGCUGUCCAGAACCUCGGCUUAAUAAACAAACCAAUUGUUGUCAACGUUUACUUCUACGUGAAGACCUUUGUGGUUCAUUAAGACUUAAACCAUCAACAAAAGAACUUCGACACUUUUUACAUCGAAGAUUUCAACCAACUGCAGUUAUCCGAGAGGCUGAUGAUGAUAUGUUAACAGCAUGUUGUUUUUCGAGAACAGAUGAUGGUCUGUUUUUAGGUUCGAAUUCAGGAGCUAUUGCAUGGGUUAAUGUUGAAGAAGAUGGUUUACCCAUAGAGUUAUUUCAUAUACAAUCUUCAUCUAUUCGACGUUUGGCGCAUACACGUGAUGGUGAACGCUUAUUAGUUUGUUCUGAAUGGAAUGAACCUGCUACGGUUGUUGCUAGACUUAAACCAUCCACAAAUACAGGCUCGAAUUCAAACAGUCCUUGGGAGACUGUUUCUGAUGAUUUUGUAUUUCGUGUAUCAGAAGCUCGUCAUGCAGAAUUUAGUAAUACAGGUCAUCAAGAUCGUCUGGUAGCAACCUAUGGAAAAAUGGCUAAGGUAUUUGAUCUUACUACUAGAACUCGUGUUGCAGAUUUAUUCUCUGCUGUGAAACAAAGUGGAUACAUUUUAAAUAAGGCAACAUUCUCACCAACAGAUUAUUUAGUAUUAAAUGAUGGUGUUGUAUGGGAUCUAAGAUGUACUGGAUUACUUUCAACUAGUUUCUCCAGUUCACUACAAUAUCCUGGUACAUCUUCGCGACCUAUACAUAAAUUUGAUAAAUUUCAAGAUAUCGUAUCAGGUGUUUUUCAUCCAAAUGGGCUUGAAAUCAUUAUUGGUUCAGCUGUAUGGGAUUUAAGAACAUGGAGAUUACUGCAUACUAUCCAACCACUUGAUCGACUUGAAGUACAAUUCAACGCUUCAUAUGAUGUAAUAUACGCCGGUAGGUUUAUGUAAAUCUCUAUUUUUCCAAGCAAUGAUUUCUACCCUAUAUAUAUAACUUAACGUUGAUUUUGUGCACUAUUUUAGGAAUAUUUGGUUUAGACGAUGAAGAGUAUGCUGAAUUAGGCAGUAGUCGUUUAGCUAUGCAAAAUAUGUUUCGUACAGUCGAUGCUAUAGACUAUAGCCUAAUUGCUUCAGUUGAUGUUCGUCAUCGAAUUGAGCAAUUAGCUUUGGAUACUGCAGGACAGUCGUUGGCACUAGUCGAGAAAAUAGGAGAAAAUAACAGUAGUGAGCCUAUCACUCAGUGUAGAAUUUACAUGAUUGGUCGUAAACGCGGGGAGCGUGAACCUGACAACGAUGAUGAAGAGGGUCGUGAAGAUGAAGAGGAUGAUGAAGAUGAUGAUGAUGAUGAUGACGACGAUGAUGAUGAUUUAUUGAAUGGAGAUGCUUCUGACGAACUUGCACAAAUACUUGAUGAAUCUUCAGAUGAUAUAAGUACCAGUGAUUCAAGUGAUUGGAGCCCAUCUUCAAAUGAACAACGUGUUAGAAGACGACGUACACGCCGUCGACGCACAGAGGCGAAUUCGAACAUCACAGAGUCCGCUAAUGUUGAUGAAGUCACGAACAAUAAUGAUAUAAAUCCUAUUUUAAAUGCUGAAAACGCUCUCACAGAUUCUCAGGCAGAGUCUAAUGAAGCCAUGGGUCGAGCAAAUGAUGGUGAUGAUGAUUCAUCAUGGGAAACACUUGAAGAAGAAGAAGUCACAGAAGGCAUGGAAACAUCAUCUGAAGACUAAUUAAAAAAAAGUAGUGAUAAUAAUAAUAGUGAUAGUAACAAUCAGUUUCGCGAUUUUGUUUAUUUGACGAUGCUGUAAUUCAUAUUUAACAUACUGUAUAUUAUAUGCAUACUUACACUUGAGGUUUUCAACGAAUAUUGCCUCUCUGUAUAAAAGAUCAUUCUUUUCUCUUUCUCUCUCGCGUAUUUGCCAU